AUGAACACACCACUACCAGAUGACUUGGCAUACUCGCGUAUACUCACUUCAAGUCUUGAAUCAGUUGACCGACGCAAACAAAGGAAGACUUCAAAGGAGGAUAAAUUCAUCACUGUCAAGAGGGAAGACUCAUCUGAGUCACUCGAAAGCUUCACAAUCCCAACAAUGGCUGCAGCAAUUUUCUCUCUCUUAAUCUUCUGCAUCUCUCUGCUCAUAUCGCCAUCCUCUUCAUCACCGAUUUCCGGCCUUCAGAUCCUCCAAGCCGAGCGUCAGAUCGAUUUGACUUCGCACAUUGUUCGAGUUUACAUGACAUUGAAGGUCGAAAAUAUCGGUGACGAUCCAGCUUCAAAGGUUCUCCUAGCCUUCCCGCCUUCACAGUUUGACCAUCUUUCAUUGGUCAAAGCAGCUACAAAUGUCGGGAAGAAGCGGAAGAAAUCCUUUGUUCCUCUCGAAGUCAACCCGGCUGAGCAAAGUCAACCCGACUCGCCAAACGGAACAAAAUACUAUGCUAUCUCAUUGCUCAACUCGCUACCAAAGGGUGAAACCACCACUUUAGAAAUACUUUACGUCCUGACUCACUCUCUUGAUCCCUUCCCGGUCGAAAUAAGCCAAUCGGAGUCCCAGUUGGUUUAUUACCGUGAUAGUGCCAUUAUACUAUCACCUUAUAAUAUAAAACAGCAGGCAACUGUGGUUAAAACCCCCACUAGUAAAGUUGAGUCCUUCACUCAAGUGGGACCCACUCACCAGAGUGGUAGUGAGCUUAGAUACGGGCCAUAUGAGAGUCGCGAGCCUUAUUCGUACUCGCCCAUUAUUGUUCACUUCGAGAAUAAUCAUCCGUUUGCUGUUGUUGAGGAGCUAGAGCGCGAGAUUGAAAUCUCUCACUGGGGAAGUGUCCAGUCGGAGCUGUUAAUAGAACCUCGUUAUCCUUUAUUUGGAGGCUGGAAAUCGACUUUUGUGAUUGGAUAUGGAGUGCCUCUGCAAGACUUCCUUUUCGAGUCGGAUGAUGGUGCUCGUUACCUGAAUUACACUUUUGGCUGCCCUCUUGCUGACACUGUAGUCGACAAAUUGACAAUCAAAGUUGUCCUUCCAGAGGGAUCAAAGGAUCCUUCCAUCAAAGUUCCUUUCGAGGUUGAGCAGAGUUUGGAGGUAUGCUUCUUCUACCUUUACUUGGGUUUUAAUCCGAGCUAA